GUCGGGAUGGAGGGUGUCGUCCACCAUGUUGUGGAAGGAGACGGAGGGGUCUGAUGUGCAGGGGCGUGUGGCUGCACCCUCUCCUGCAGGUUGAGUUGAGUGGGAGUCGCCGCGGGUCUGCUACGCAAAGUGCCUCCUUUCGGUGCGGCAACCAAGCCGGAGCGGACCAGUAGUGUCGGAGUUGUCACGCCUACCGUAGUCACAUGCACUGUUGUGGUUCCUUACUUCCCUCGCUGGGUAGGUGAGGGAGUCUAUUGCCAUGCGAUGAGAUCUCAAGACCGAGGAAGAGAACCGUGGUGCCCCUCCAGAGUCGAGGAGGCUGAUUGGAUCUGGAUGAAAGCGGCAGCAGACAGAGACAGAGAGGAGAGGGCAUUAUAGCAGAUGCGAGCGCUUGGCCACGGUGGCGCCUUUAAAGUAAGCGAACAGAAAGACGAACAGGGCUGCAAGAACCCUCGCACAUGUACGCGCAGACACGCACACACACACACACACACACACACACACACAGACACACACACACAUACACGGACACAGACACACAGACACACAGACACAGACAGACGCACACAGACGCACACAGACGCACACAGAAACAUUUCCAUCGGGGCGCGGUCAGUCCCGGUGUCAUUUUGCAGCCUAGCUUGCUUUCCUCAACUUUCUCCCCCCUUCUUUCCUGCUCCCCCCUUCGCCCCAUCCUUUUCGUCCCCUCCUCCUCCUUCUCCUCCGCUACGUGGUUUGCAAAGUUGGUGCUUGUCGGGGUGAAUGCCGGGGGUUCACUCUUGUGUCAGUGCGGUGUUCUCCGCGACGCUGGGCUGAGCGACUGCAGCAACCCACAUACUUCGGUCGUUCCCACCCGCCAGCCGCUCGCGCACGGCGCUCCCGGUGAUGGACGACCCGCCCAGCAACGGUUACAUCGCGGAAGUCGCUCCUCCGAUGAACAGUGUUUCCGCCAUAGCCGCGGAUAGUGUGGGGAAAUUCCCGUCCGCGACCUCGGUCGAUUCACCGGCCGCCAGCGCCCCGUCACUUCCGAAGGCCACCACCACCACCACCACGCCGACGAUGAUGGUACCGGACGGCGCCGUUGUGCCGGUUCCAAAACUGCCGGACCUUGGGGAGGGCAUGCCGGGCCCCGGAAGUUCCACGCAGGCGACUGCGGGACCACCGGGAAAUGGGGGGGUGACGGUGGCCACGCAGGGGGUUAUUGAUAGCGCCAGCGGCGGCGGGGAUGGCCCCGCGCGGACGGCGGCUGCUGGUGCUGCUGCGUCAGCUCCGACGGCAACAGGGAUAGGGCUUGCAGCCAUCGGGUCCCUUGCGCCGAGUGGCGGAUCCAAGCAGCCCACCCUGAAUUCCAGUAGCGGUGGUGCAACCUCUGUUGCGAAUGUGGACCAGGCGGUGUCCUCGGGCCUGGAGGUUGUUGCCGCCGGUUCGGCUGGAACCGAGGAACAGUUUCAGCCUCGGAUUAGGGCGCCCGUCACCGUAGAUGAUGAGGAGGAGGACGAUGAUCAGGUCGUGGCGUUCGUCCGGCAACCCUCUUUGGGGCUUGCUGAGCCUGCGGGCACGACCCCACCAGGCAGCGCAUCCGACGUGGAGGGGACCGAUUUGGCGUUGUCGUCACAACUGGCCGUGGGCAGUAAUCCCGCGGGUGGCAGCGCCGCCAGUGGUGGCGGCGACGAAGACGGGAAUGCGGCCGUACGCUCGCCGCUUCUAUCAUCUUCGCCGGCUAUUUCGUCCGUGGACACCGCCCUGAGCCUUCAGCUCGGGAGCGACGAGUCGGACAUCGUCGGUCUUGCAGCACAUUCAGCAUUGAUGAGACUGAACGAGCUAGCCUCGGGAAAGUCCUCUGUGGACCCUCGCAUUCUGCAGGGCGUGGAUGAGCAGCAGUUUGGGAACAGGGUCGCUCAACUUGCUAUAGCCAAUCAGCUUGACCCGGAUAGUCCGGAAAUAAACUCCAUCGUGGAGGCGUUGCUGCCCGUCGUUAGAGAGCUUAACUCUGCUGCGGAAGGCGGGUUGUCGCCUAUGCCGGGGGGCAGCACAGGAGGGUCCCCUGGGGUGUCGCUCACACCUUCAGGUUCUUUCCCGGCGCGCGACGACGGACUGUCUAUCCGAGCGCCAUUGACGGCGGACGACGAGGAGGAGGAGCUACUAGAGGCGGAGGGCGAACCGGAAGUGAUGUCUAGAGGAGUAACGGAUGAGAGGGUGGUGGUGGCCAGGCAGGCAGGAGACGCCGCUGCCCUAACUGCUGAGCAGCAGAAGGGACUGCUGUCGGGGAUGACUGACACAGGUGCGACUCCAGAAGACGCCGUGGGCGAGGCGGCGGCGGCGGCAGCAGCACCUGCGUACUUCGGCCCCGCCGACGAAACGGACGGGGAGGACGACGACGAGUUGGAGGACGAGACGGAGGAGGAAAUGGAGGUGCAGAGAGCGCUUGCUUCGGCCUCAGGAUUGCCUGUGCGAGUUGCGCAGGAAGAGAGCAUCGCUGGUCCUCCUCCGCCGCCGACCGCUUUUGCUGCGGCGGCGGCUACUGAUGCUGGAUUGCCGCGGUCGCCGGCCGAGUCCCCCGUCAAUGCGCUAGUGGGACUGACUGACAUCGCAGGAACGAACACCGUGGGGGAGCAGAAGAACGAGGGAUAUGAGCAGCAGGCUGUGGCUGCGCCUCGAGAGGCUCCUCCUUCCGCGGCUGUCGGAGAUCGAACAGGCAUGGCCGCCGCCUCUUUCCCGACAACCAACGGGAUGGUGGAUGCGACGUUGAUGCAGGGCGAUGAUCCGAUCGGUGAUGAGGAUGAUGACGUGGCUGAAUGGGAUGACGAGGACGAUGACGUGGAUGAGGACGAUGACGUGGACGAUGAGGACGAUGACGAAGAGGAAGUCGAGGAGGUGGAUGACGAGGAGGUAGAAGAUGAGGAGGCGCCAGCCAGGGCUCCGGCAUUCAAUCCGCUAAUGAGUAUCCCGCGCUCGGCGGCAGGAUUGGCGGGGGGGUUGGAAGGGGCAGGUGUGGCGGUGGCCGCGAAUGGAAACGGCAGCAACAACAAUCCUGCGUUGAGUGGGGGGAGCAGCUCCGCGGGACCGACACGUGCGGCCGAUCCCGCGCAAAUGGCCAACCCUGGCGGAAGCGGGACGGGAGGUACUGCUGGUGGCGCUGACUCGAGGGCGCCAGCUCUGGAGCCAGCCACGAGGGCAGCGUCGGCGUCUUCCCUGGUAGGGGGAGGAGGCGGAUCAGCGGGCGGUCGUUCAGGAGGGGGAGCGGCGGGAGCUGCUGCUGCCAAUCCUGCGAGAUCUGUCCUCAGCGGGACGGCCGCUCAGCCGGCGCAGACGGGGGCAGGGGCAGCCGCGGAGGACCCGACCGAUCAGUUCCGCGAGAAGCGGGAGAAACUUCAGAACAUUCGGGUGAAGCUGCUGCGUGUCGCGCAGAGGCUGGGAAGAAGCGCGCGGGAUAACGUUGUCGCACAGGUUCUGUACAGGCUUGAGCUGGCGGAGCAGCUGAGGGCAGGGCGAAGCCUUGCCAGGGGUAGCGUGUUCGCGUUCGACCGCGCGGCUGCCAUAGCCGAGGAGCAGGAGGCCGCCGCCGGUGCGGACUCGGACCUGGAUUUCACCUGCACUAUCAUGUUGCUGGGGAAGACGGGCGUUGGGAAAAGCGCCACCAUCAACUCCAUCUUCGACCAGCCCCUCUGCUCCGCGAAUGCGUUUCUGCCCGAAACGAAGACCGUGAGGGAGGUGGUCGGCACCGUGCAUGGCAUUCAGGUCAGGGUGAUAGAUACCCCAGCUUUGCAGCCGUCGAUGAUGGAUCAGAGGAAGAAUGAGCAAGUCAUGGCGUCGGUCAAGAGGUUUGUGAAAAAGCGUUCCCCGGAUAUCGUCCUGUACGUUGACAGGUUGGAUAUGCAGAGCAGAGAUUACGGCGACUUGCCGCUGCUGAAGACGAUCACCGACACCUUCGGUCCUUCCGUUUGGUUCAAUGCUAUCGUCGUUCUCACCCACGCUUCGGCGGCGCCUCCCGAAGGUAGCAACGGCCAGCCGAUCAGCUACGAGAUGUACGUCGCGCAGAGGUCGCACGUCGUUCAGCAGACCAUCCGGCAGGUGGCGGGCGACAUGCGCCUGAUGAACCCCGUUGCACUGGUGGAAAACCAUCCCAAUUGCCGCACGAAUCGCGCCGGACAGAAGGUUCUGCCCAACGGGCAGGUGUGGAAACCGCACCUCCUGCUGCUAUGUUUCGCGUCCAAGAUCUUGGCGGAGGCGAACGCGCUGCUGAACCUGCAAGAGAGCAGCUCCACAGGAAGGUCGCUGGGAGGAGGAGGGGGCGGGGGCGGAUUUGGAGGAGGGGGAGGGGGGCGCGGGUUCGGCGCCAGGCCGAAGGUGCCGCCGCUGCCGUUCCUACUGUCUUCGCUGAUCACGUCGCGACCGCCGCGGAGAUCGCCAUACGAGGAUGCGGAGAGGUCGGACGAAGAGUCGGAGUCUGGGUCGUCGUCCUCUUCGGAUGAAGAGUCGGAAAUGGAACAGGAGACGGGAAAUCAGGUGGGGGAGGCGGAGGAGGAGGAGGAGGGAGGAGAUGAGGCCGAGGAGGAGAGGGGGGAGGGAAAGGAAAGGAAGGUGGAGCGGUCGAGACGGAGGGCGGAAAGACGGCGAAGAAGGGAGGCGAAGGAGAACCGCAAGAAGGAGAUGGAGGCUAUGGCAGCUGAAGAAGACGACGAAGAGAACAAGCCGAAACAGGUGGCCGUUCCAGCGCCUGACCCCGCCCUGCCCCCCUCUUUCGACAGCGACAACCCCGCGCAUCGCUAUAGGUUCAUGGAGUCCGCCAGUCAGUGGCUUGUCAGGCCUAUCGUUGAAAACCACGGUUGGGAUCACGAUAGCGGGAUCGACGGUUUCAGCCUCGAUAAGGCAUUCAUGGUCAGAAAGAGAAUCCCAGCCAACAUCAGCGGCCAGAUUACCAAAGACAAGAAGGACGCGAAUCUGACACUGGAGAUGGAGGGCUCCAUUCCUCACGAUGAGUGGAGGGUGACCACUAGCGGCUUCGACGUGCAGACGGUUGGCAAGGAUCUCGCCUUCACCCUCCGGAGCGAAACGCGAUUCAAGAACCUCAAGAACAAUAAAACUGUGGGAGGGUUAUCCAUGAGCAUGGUGGGUGGGUCCAUGGCAGGUGGCUUGAAGCUGGAGGAUAGACUCAAAGUGGGGAAGAGGCUGAAGUUGGUUAUGAGUGGCGGUGCGAUCACAGGAGGAGAUCCUGGGACGUUUGUGAGGGGGAGAGGAGACGUUGCCUAUGGGGGAAACAUGGAGGUGACCAUCACGAGGUCCAAUCCGGAGGAUCCCACGAGGACGACAAUCGGCUUGUCGAUGAUGGAUUGGAGAGGUGACGUGGCGCUAGGAGGGAAUUUGCAGACGCAGUUCGUAUGGGGCAAGGCAAUGAUGGUCGGCAGAGCUAACCUGAACAGCCGUGGACAGGGGCAAAUAUCCAUCAGGACGAGCUCGAACGAGUUGCUGCAGAUUGCACUUGUCGGUCUUGUGCCCAUGCUCAAGUACCUCUUUACCCGCAACCAGGAUAUAUCUCCUGAUAUGUGAAUGUUGAGGGAGCGCUUUCAAGUUGUCUUGAGCGAGUACGACGCUCCCUUCUCUCUCUCUCUCUCUCUCUCUCUCUCUCUCUCUCUCUCUCUCUCUCUCUCUCUCUCUCACUGUUCUGGCCAGUGCUUGUCGUGCUCACGGAGAAGCAGAAAGAACGAUUGAUUUACUUAAGCCCAGAAACAGAAAGAACGAUUGAUUUAGCUAAGCCCAGAACCAGAAAGAACGAUUGAUUUAGCUAAGCCCAGAACCAGAAAGAACGAUUGAUUUAGCUAAGCCCACGCUAUUUCUUGGUCGUUGCGAAGGAGCGUGGGAAGGUACGGGGCGUCGUUGGUUGUCGGUUAAACGAAAUGGGGAAGGGGUUCAUUGCUUCGUUGCUUGAAAACAAAGUAGUUUGUGGGUUGAAGCAAAAAAUGGUCGGAAGGGUUCUUUCGGUUCUCGCCUGGAAGGACAUGAGCGAAGCUCUGUGUUAGCUUUUGUAUGUUGAAAGGAGGAGGGUGUCGACUUGAAGGAUGGCCAUGGCAGUUGCUGUUUUGUCCGUUGAAAGAGAGUUUUGGCGGUCGAAUGCGAAUGUCGAUCGAUCAAUCAAUCAAUCAAUUGCGGAACAAACAAAGAAGGGAAGGUUGAAGGAUUGUAAGGGCGAUGGUUAAGUCGAUGAUGCGGACAUAGUAGAGAUGGGUGUCGUGGAGGAGAGGAGGGAGAAGAAUGGAGUGCUGAUUUUGCUGUCUUCUUCCAUGAAUCCGGUUUUUGGCGGGAAAGAGGAUUUCCGGGUUUUGGCGGGAAAGAGGAUUUAUGAGAGGAAAGGUGUCCCAGCAUGCAACCUAGAGGGAAGGAGCCGUGUGCAAGCGGUCGCGCUCUCUAUUUGAUGACUAGAAGAAGAUCCGAUGGCUCAUUCAUUUACGAGCUAUCUAUCUCCUCUGAUUGUGUGAGGGCAGAAGGGACGUGGAAUGGGGAAUGCAUCAUCAUUAAAAACAAAGAUCCAAUUGGACC